AAGUCGCAGGGUAAAUAAGAAAAAAAAAAUUUGUAACCUUGUUAUUUAUUAUCUGAUCCACAUUUGAGAGAACCCUCUUUGCCCUUUCUCUCUUGUCAAAAUGGCACAAGAUUUAUUCAAUGUCCCCAUCUUCUUCAUUUUGUUCAGAGAAACAACAGAGGCGGCCAUCAUUCUUUCGGUUUUGCUGUCGUUUUUAAGACAAGUCUUUGCCGAUGAUGAAGUCAUAUACAAGCGUCUUAGGAAGCAGGUAUUCUUAGGAACCCUCAUUGGUCUUGGUAUUUGCCUUGCCAUUGGUGGUGCCUUCAUUGCUGUGUGGUAUACCGUUGCAUCCAACUUGUGGAAGAACAGCGAAAAUUUAUGGGAAGGCAUUUUCAGCUUGGUGGCAUCGGUUCUCAUUACAGCUAUGGGGUUAGCCAUGUUACGGACCGAACGUAUGCAAGAAAAAUGGAAAGCCAAGUUGUCAAAGUCCUUCAAUGAAGAGAAAUCCAACACCAGUCGUUUCAAAUCCCUAACCCAGCGUUAUGCUUUCUUCUUGUUGCCGUUCAUCACCAUCUUGCGUGAAGGUCUUGAAGCCAUUGUGUUUCUUGGAGGCGUUGCCCUUGGAGCAGACGGUAAAUCCAUCCCCAUUGCUGCCAUCAUGGGUAUCAUCUGUGGUUGCUUGGUCGGCUAUUUGCUUUACAAAGGUGGAUCCCUUAUGCAUCUCCAUUGGUUCUUUGUCGCUUCUACUUGUAUCUUGUACCUUGUGUCUGCUGGCUUGCUUUCCAGAGCUGUUGGUUACUUUGAGCAAGAUGCUUGGAACAAGAUCAUUGGAGGUGAAAGCGCUGAAGAAAGUGGUUCGGCUAUUGGCUAUAAAGUAACAACCAACGUCUGGCACGUCAGUUGGGGAAACCCUGAUGUAAAUACUUCUGCCAAUGGUGGUUAUCAAAUUUUCAACGCCAUCCUUGGUUGGAACAACACUGCUACCUAUGGCACCGUCAUUAGCUACUGUCUGUACUGGGUAUUCAUCAGCAUUUACCUGGUGUACCUUAGAUUCAAGGAAGAGCGACAGGCGCUUGCUGAAAAGGAGAAAAAGGCAAAUGAACCAUUGGAGCGACACGAUUCUAACUCCACUAUCGACGGUGCAGUCAAUGAAAGCGCAAAAGCCCUUGAAGAAUCACGGCCGUUCAACAAUGAGAAAACACCGAAAUUUUCAUGUUGAUUACUUUCCAAUUACCCAUACAUUACAAAAACAAAAAGUUUGGUCUAUAAAGAUAAAAGAUCAUCAAGCAUACUUUGCAACCUUUU